AUGUCGACCUCAACACCGGAGAUCUCAGUGGACGCAUCGUCGAUCGAGCCCGACCGCAAACCCCUCCUCCCCUCGCCUACACUCACCUUCUUCUCCGCUCACCACUUCAGCCCCUCCCCCUCGGGCAUCGAUAGCAACCUCCUCCUCCUCCUGCACGGGCUCGGUGACUCGGACAGCUCCUUCUUCACCCUCGGUCAAACUCUCCAGCGCACACUCCCACAAACAGCAAUUCUGACGCUGCAAGCGCCACACCUGGUGCCCUUCCUACACGGACCACACUGGAUGUGGUACCCCUCGUUCGACGGUCUUGGCGAGCUGCUCACCAAACCGAAUCCGAGUCAGACGGUGGAUGGGAUGGUGAAGGUGCUGGAGCAUUUGGUGCGAUGUGGAUGGGCGGCUAGACAGAUACACUUAUUUGGAUUUGGACAGGGGGCGACGGUGGCGCUCGAAACGCUGGUGAGUUGGUCGCGGACGCACAACGAGGCGCUGGGAAGUGUGGUGAGCGUUUCGGGCGAGAUGCUCUCCCACCCCACCUCAGUGGCGUCCCCCACGCCAGUACUGCACGUCUACCGCUCCGCCUCCCCAAUACCCGACAAUUCGACCCGCUGGGCGUCGCAUCGGAAAGCCAGCAGCGCAUUUCAGCUACACCGUCUACCCCCACACCCACAGCAGGGAGAAGAGGCCAUGCUGAGGAACAACGAGUGGGACCCGGUGAUGCGUUUCUGGAGUCGCUUCCUCCGCAACCGAACGACGUGGGAGCGAGAGGGCAAGGUCGUGCAAGUGGGCUAG